GUCAACCGUCACCAAUUGGAGCACACACAGGCCUAGGAAGGAUCACCAACAGAACCUCUGACUGAGCAAGGGACUACACCCUCAACACACACCAUGUCUUUCUGGCCCUUUGGACAGAACGCCAACUCGGCUUCUCACUUGAACAGACUGUUGGACGAAUACUACUACGAGAGGUCAAAUGCUUCACAACAACAGUCCAGCACCAACGCACAACCAUCCGAAGUAGAUCCUUCAUUUGCUUCAGCUUCAACUACACACAAUGCUGCCACUUCAAGCAACAACCAGGAUACUUCAGCCAUAGCGGGAUCAAGUUCAAAUGUGACCCCAGGUUUGGAUCAAGAGAAGGAGAAUAUUAAAAUUGAUAAAGAAUUCGUUUAUGAUUUAUUGGAUGACCCAAGUUUCUUGAAUGAGUUGAGUAGGCAAAAUAACAAGCUGAUAGAUUUCAUAUGCUUUGGUUAUAUUGAUAAAGAAGAUGAUGAAGAUGAAGGUGGUGAUGAAAGUGGUGUUGAUCAGGAUAAUGAUGUCGAUAUGAAUGAUGAUGACAAUGACAAUACAAAACAGCAAAAGCAACAAACACAAUCAACACAAGGAAAAUCUAUCUUGGAAGUUCUUCUUGAUCUUGUCGUUGACUCAGAACAAUGGUUUGAAGAGAAUGAGCAACAACUUUACCAAGCUUCCGAAAACCAGUUGGAUGAAGAUGAAACAACAGCCAAUGACAUAACAACAACAUUCAAUAGAAUACAUACUGCAUCUGAAGUUUUGUCUUGCAAAAUUUGGCUGAUAUCUGAAAACUUGGUGGAGGAACCUCAACUACUGAACAAGUUGUGGUGGUUUUUAAAAAAUGAUUUCAAAAGUUCAUCUCCUUCAAUUCAAUUCUUCAUCAAGAUCAAUGAACAAUUGUUGGAAUCAAGACCAGAUCAAAUGUUGAAUUUCAUAAGGUCUUUACAGGAUUUAGUUGAUUUGUUUUUGAAACAUGUAAACAUCACCAUGAUUAUGGAUUUUCUUUUGAGGAUAAUUACAACUGACAAGGCAGAUAACCCAACUGGUAUAAUAGAGCUGUUAUCUGAACAAAAAUUGAUACCAAAGUUGCUUAACCUACUCUAUCCAGAUCAUGACAGUUCAAUUCAAUCUUCUUGUGGUGAUUUCCUUAAGGCUUUAAUUGCAAUUAGUGCAAACACUUCAAUUGAUGAAAAUACCAUUGGCCCAAACCUUUUAACUAAAGAACUUGUUAGUGAUACGUGUAUUGAUAAAAUUAUUGAGAUCAUGUUGCUAAAAGGUAAUGGCUUGGCUACUGUUGUUGGUGUCAUUAUUGAAAUUAUUAGAAAAAACAAUUCAGAUUAUGAUUCAGUCAAUUUGUUAUAUACAACUACUGAAUCUAAUCCUCCUAAUAAAAGGGAUCCAAUAUAUUUGGGUAACAUGUUGAAAAAAUUUGCUCAAAAAUUGGGGUCUUUCAAUGAUAUAUUGACUGAUAAGGAAUUAACUUCCAAAAGAAUUGAAACUCAAAUCAAUCAAGAAAUUGAACCAUUAGGUUUUGAAAGAUUUAAAAUUUGUGAAUUAGUUGCAGAAUUAUUACAUUGUUCCAAUAUAGCAUUAUUGAAUAAUCAUCUUACUGAAAAAAUCAUUGAAGAACGUGAAAACUUCUUGGAACAACAAGAAUUCAAUUUGAAGAAUGCCCUAAGUGAAGACUUGAUCAACAGUAAUAAUACCAAACAUUCAGCAUCUCCAUCCCCAGGUGCAAACUCCUACAAUGGGAGUACUUUUUCAAAUUUAAAUAUUGAUGUUAAAAGUCAAGAAGAUGGAUCAAGUGGUUCUCAUCAUCAUCAAUUGCCUCAACUUCAUAUCCCAGUUGUGACAAAGAAGGAGCAAUUGCGUUCAAACCCAACUGUUGGUGAUGUUUUCAAAAUUGCAUUAAUUGAUUCAAAUGUUUUGACUACAAUAAUUGACAUGUUUGUUAAGUUCCCUUGGAAUAAUUUCUGGCAUAAUGUUGUCUUUGAUAUUGUUCAACAAAUUUUCAACGGAAGAUUGGAUAUUUCUUAUAAUCCAUAUCUGAUUUUGGAAUUGUUUGAUAAAUGUGAUAUUACAAACCUGAUCAUUAAUGCAUAUAAAUUAUGUAUUGAUACAGAAAGAGAAACAAAUGUCAGAUUAGGUUAUAUGGGUCAUUUGAUAUUGAUUGCUGAAGAAGUUGUUAAAUUUUCCUCAACUUUCCAAAAUUCAAAAUUCAAUGAUACUGAAGCUGACGAAUUAAUCUAUACCAAAUUAAUUGAUGAGAAUUGGAUUAGCUAUGUGACUAAUGUUUUAACCGAGACAAGAGAAAUGUAUAAUUGUGUUUUGGGAGGAAUCAAAGCUAAUGAAUUUUCUGAAGGUGAUUAUAUCAAUCAUAAUACUAUUGUCCUGGGGAAUUCAGAGGAGGAGAUUUUGAAUCAACAAACAGAAGAUGGUGGUCCUCCUGAUGAAAUGUUUUAUGAUUCAAAAGAGACAGAAGAAGAGGAAGAAGAAGAAGAAGAAGACAAAGAAAUGGCUUAG